AUGGAAAAAACAGACACACAAGAAAGCACGGCAGUCACUUUCGAGUGGACCCUUCGUGGUCUCAAGAAUAUCUUUGAGUCGAGCAAAGGUGAAUCGAAGUCAAAGGUUACCAAGUCUGUGAGAUUCGGACAUGGACGCUGGCAGAUUCUUUUCUAUGCGAACUCUGGGACGGAGGGAGGAGGGUUUGUGAGUUUGUAUCUGUCCUGUGAACCCACUGCUGAAGAAAAAGACAAUGCGGUGGACGGGAAGUGGGUACGAGAGGGCGUCUACAAAUUCAAUUUCGAGCUUCGAAGUCUCGGAAAGACCGCAUUAUUCAAUAUCAAGGAAGCCCACAAUCAUUCGUUCUCAUCGAAGACAGCCAAUUGGGGAUGGGCUCAGUUUGCGCGACGAGAUCAUGUAUACUAUCAUUCGAAUGCCGUCAAGGAACAGGACGCUUUCCUCAUCAUCUGCACCAUCACGUCAUCCCCGACCAUUCCUGCGCAACCACCAUCAGCAGCAGCUCAGCUUGUACCGAAGGAUUUCCUGGAACGAGUAGGGUCGCUGCUUGAUGAUCCACUAUACUCCGACGUCGAGUUCGUCCUCCCUUACCGAGGCAGGUCAAAGAGUUUUAGGUGUAUCUACGCCAACAGAAAGAUAUUGCAAAGAGCAGAUUACUUUCAGACUAUGUUCAGCUCAGGAUUCUCUGAAGCUUCUUCAGACCAUGGUCAAUAUGAUAUCGAUGAUGGCGACGGCGCCUCAGACGAUACGUAUCUUAGUCGUCAGUAUGAUGAUUCGGAUGACGAAGACGAAGAAUUUACGACACAAACAAUUGAUGAACCGAGUUUUGACGGCACUGUAGAGUUGCAGAUCGAAGAGGACGCUGGACCUUCUGUGCCAGUUGCAAGUACCAGCAGCACCGAGCCAAAUGUCCAUUCCGUAGAGGAAGAUGCACAAAUGUCGAGUGGUCCGGAAGAUGAACAAACACGUAAUGUUCAACCCAAGUUGUCCCACCCGUCAUCCCCAAGGAGCGAUAAUGUGGCUCUUGACACGAAUGCACAUAACUGGAUGAAACCUACAGCACCUGCCGAAGACAAGGAGGUUACGGGACCCAAGAAAAUGCGUGUCUUUAUUCGAGACGUCGCAUAUGCAACUUACAAGGCUGUUCUCUACUACGUGAGCGUGGUUUGGGGUAUAUUCGGUACAAUUAUGACCUAUGCAUUCCAGAUUUAUACUGAUGUCAUUGUCUUCGCCCCUAUAUCCUCGUCGUUCAUCUCAACGGCUCAAAAGAGGACGCCGACAAUAGUGUCAACAGCGCAAGCCCCUUCUGAUAGCCAGUCUAAUUUACUCGACAUUCCAAAAGCAGGGAGCUCGACAGAAACUCCCACCUCAAGGAGGGAGUGGAUCCGAAAGUGGCAACAAAGUCAUCCAGGGCGACCAUCGCCUUGUUCUGCCAAGGCUGUUUAUCGAUUAGCAGACAAACUUGGCCUACUUGAUUUGAAGGAGCGUGCAUACCAGCACAUUCAGAAGUCGUUCACCGUCGACAAUAUUCCAUACGAGGUGUUUUCUCCAUUUUCUGCGACCUUUUCGGAUAUCCGCAAGGUCCAAGUUAAUUUCUUCCUUGAGCACUGGGGAGAUAUCCGUUCUUCAGACGCGAUGCGCAGUGUGUGGCAGCAAAUUCGCAUAGGAAGACAUCCUGGAUUCGAGGAAGUAUGGCCCUUGAUUGCACAGCAUCUAGAGUUUAACCCAAAGAUGGGAGGAACGGGGGAUGCGGAACCGACUGAGGGUUAGAUGUAGGAGCAACAAGCUUGCGUUAUUGCAAGGACAUCAUGUAUACAUGUUUCUGAUAUAUUUAAUGACACCUUCCCCUUGUUUUUAACGGCGAGUAAGCUUUACAGCUGAAACGUUUGACAGUGUAUACGGUUUUUUGCUGAUUGCCGAGAUAGAAAGCUCAAUGAUCAGACACAGGGGAAAGCGGAAUGAGCCUGUCAAUAACAACGUUCGAUGAGUGAUAGAGGUGAACGAAAUCCUAGAGCUCGGCGUAGUACCCCUGGUCAUAGCAACGUGGUUCUAAAUAGUCAGAUAGUAUUCAAUUAUGCGCCAUUCGGUCAUCAUUCAACGGAGGUAAGACUGCCAUAAUCCGUGGCUUCCGUUCCAGACACGCUGACCGUUCCAUCACGAUCACUGUUUUCUUCA